CCUAUAUAACCACCGGCCGUCGCCGAACGAUCUACUACAUACAGCGCACCAACAAUCGCGGGAUUGUUCAAUCCGAUCGACAUCACAAAAUCCACGCACAAAGAAGCGACAGAUGACUACGAGCAGGGUGGCCAGGUCGUGCGGCCGCGGCAGCGACGAUGAGCCGGCGGUGCGCAAGGGGCCGUGGACGCUGGAGGAGGACCUCAUCCUCGUCAGCUACAUCUCCCAGCACGGGGAGGGCUCCUGGGACAACCUCGCGCGCGCAGCUGGACUGAACCGCAACGGCAAGAGCUGCAGGCUGCGGUGGCUCAACUACCUGAGGCCGGGGGUGCGGCGCGGCAGCAUCACGGCGGGGGAGGACACGGUCAUCCGGGAGCUCCACGCGAGGUGGGGGAACAAGUGGUCCAAGAUCUCCAAGCACCUCCCCGGCCGAACCGACAACGAGAUCAAGAACUACUGGAGGACCAGGAUCCAGCAGAAGAAGCAGCAGGGAGCCAAGACGACGCAGCAGCGGGAGCCGUCGACGACCGCCAGCUCCGGCGCCGGGGACGACUACUGGUGCACCAAGCCCGACCCCGACCAGCAAGCGCACUACUGCCUGCAGAAAGCCGCCAUGGCAGCUGCGACUGCGACGACGAGCGCGGUCGUCGUCAGCAGCGAGGACGACGCGCCGUCGGCGGCGCUGACGAGCCAGGACAGCUCCGCCGCGGCCGGCGGAGACUGGUACAUGCACCAGCAGCAGAUGUGCUACCCGUACUGCUCCGAGCUGAGCUUUGUCGCCGCCGGCCACGAUGAAACGGUCGGCCUGGACGCUGUGACGAUGCAGUUCUUGUCGUCGCACUUCACUGCCAGCUUUUGGACGAACGGCGUGGAUGAUUUCUGGGAGUCAAAACCGAUCGAUUACUGAUGCGCUCUGAACACUCAUACAAACGUACUUACUUCUGAUACUAGCUACAACUUAACGGGCAACAAAAGGGAAGAGUAUAUAUAUUUGUCGAUAUAGAACUGUAGAAGCGUUAUAUAUAUAUACCUUGUACUAGAGCACUUUAUUACUUUUUUUGUGAUGCGUGGUAUGAUGAUCUCACUUAAUUUUUCA